AUGCCGCUUGAAAGCUCGGACCACUUUCACGAUGGGUUACGCGCUGCAGAUUUCGUUCUAAUAGACAACUUUAGCGGUCUCUGGCCGUCGUUGGAGUUCGUCCCCACCCCACCGCUCAAUUUCGAUGCCGAGGCUGACUGCGCACGUGCUGGCGGCUCCUUAACGCAUGCGCAUGGCAUCAGUCACUCAAUCGACUUGAACACUCCAAAUUUGGGCCUCGGUGGGUGGGACGGCAAUGUUGAGCGCAUGCCACGAGAGAAUAAACCGGACGGAGUCGCCGUCCUGAAACGAUGGUUCGACCAUCGUCGCGACAAGCCGUACCCGACCAAGGAAGAAAAGAAGAUCCUGGCAGAUCGGUCCGGUCUCACCCUUACCCAGAUAUCGACAUGGUUUGCCAAUACGCGCAGACGGCGCAAGAACAAGAUGGUGUCUCAGAAUCCGCUUCUCAGCCCAAGUGGACGACCCAUCAUCAAACAGCCGUCGGAGGGGAAAUUAAGCCUCAUGAGCCCGAUGGAGAGGUGGAGGAACUCGCCCCCUGAAGCUGAGGCCGCAUCGUUCGAUGCCAUUAUGGGUGCAGUGGUCGACAGUGACUUUGUACAACAGGACCCGUGCACCAGAUACUCGCAGCAAUCGACCCCAAGUGACGCUCGGUCUGCGGCUUCAUCAAAUGCAUCCGGAUCAGUCAUCUCGAACACCUCGGUUUCAUCAGCUCAGAGCAUCGGCUCCCACAGCUCCGCUGGCUCGUUCACCCGCUUCUACGCAACCGAAGCACCGCGACGCAGAAGACGGAGGAAGCGGGCCACUGUGUUCCCAAAGAAGCCGGCAAGGAGACAGGAUCCACGGCCGUAUCAAUGCACGUUCUGCACGGACACGUUCCGGACCAAGUACGACUGGACGAGACAUGAGAAGACGCUGCAUCUCUCGUUGGAAAGCUACACCUGUUGUCCUACCGGCCCGACAUACAUCGACCAAGGCGAAACGAAACGGUGCUCUUUUUGCAACUAUCCGGAUCCUAGCGAUGCACACAUUGAGUUGCAUUCGUAUACGAGAUGCCAAGAAAAACCUGAAGUUCUACGGACAUUCUACCGAAAGGACCACCUCGUCCAGCACCUGCGCCUGGUGCACGGCAUAAAUCAGUUUCAAGCGGCAAUGGAGGGUUGGAAGUCGCAAGUUGAUCAGAUCAACUCUCGAUGUGGGCUCUGCGAUACGAGCUUCAAUUCAUGGUCAUCAAGAAACGAGCACCUCGCACAGCACUUUAAGGCUGGCGCUCUGAUGAAGGACUGGAAAGGAUCCAGGGGCCUCGACCCGUCGGUAGCGUUUGCAGUGGAAAAUGCCAUGCCCCCGUACCUCAUCGGCAUUGAGUCUGCAACACCGGAUCCAUUCAGCGCCUCCAACCUCCCCGAUUCCCAACUCUACCCGGACAGCGCACAGGGCCAUCUGCCAUUAUUGCCAAGCGGCGCAAAGCGAUCCCCAUUCAACCACUUUACAGUCGAUCUUACGAACUUCGUCCGCGAGGCGCAGGUCCUUAACCAACCAGUUACCGACGCCGCGCUGCAAGCCGCCGGACGCCGAAUCCUGUACGACGACGAGGACUUGUGGAACCAGUCGCCCGCCGACAACCCCGAGUGGCUGCAGAUGUUCAAGCGAGCGGUCGGUUUGGACUGCGACCAAUCAACCUGUCCACCACCGAGUGUCGAGGAUUUCGACUUCUUCCCGUCGUCGGCUGACCCGUGGGCUGUGUGGAACAUCUUUGACGCUCAGCUUCACAGUGUAAAUGAUGUUGCAACGGGACCGGGGACGCCGUUGUCGUUGUCUGGACAGGGUUGUCAAGGUAUCACAGCUUCUAGGCAGUCUUGUGUGGAGAAUGGCCCGGGCGAUUCUGCAGCGCUGCUGGAGCUUACACCGACUAGCCUUGACGAGCUUGAACACUACUGCAGCGUACUUAUUGAAGGGGUUUGCGGGGAAUAA